CAGAACAGGUGUCCAGAAUAAAGUAGCUGGUGAGUGUAUGCGCACAAAGAAGAGAAGCCAGCUGUGUUUCUGGGCUUUUUGAAGUUAUUACAGACUGUAGAUGAUGAAAUCCCUAAAUUCCAGCAGUUGUAAGUAGAGAAAAGUUGUUCUUAAACUGUUGGACUAUUUGCUCACGCAGUUUUUCAUGCUCAGUGGUGAACCUCACCCCCUGGCCUUGCUUGUGAACGACUAAGCCUUUUGGGGACGUUCCUUUUAUACCCAAUCAUGACACUCACCUGUUUCCAGUGAACCUGUUCACCUGUGGGAUGAUCCAAACAGGUGCUUUUCAAAGAUUCCUCUUCCUUUCCGGUCUUUUGUUGCCCCUAUCCCAAUUUUUUGGGAAUGUGUUGAAGCAAUUAAAUUUAAAAUGACUGAAUUUUUUUUUCUUUUUUAAAUUAAAGUCUAUCAGUUUGAACAUUAAAUAUGUCGUCUUUGUGGUGUAUUCAGUUGAAUAUAGGCCAAAAUGGAUUGGCAGAUCAUUUUAUUUGGUUUUUAAUCACGUUUUACACAAUGUCCAAACUUUAUUGAAAUUGUUGUGUAUUUAUAAUGUUUAUUUUUGACUUUAACAUUCACAAUAAUUAGACAAAAAGGAAAACUGAGGUCCUUGGACAGAAUCUUGACUUUGACUACAAAGACACAAAGUAUGACUAAAAUGAACUACAGAUAUCUGAAAAAAAAACUUUAAAUUCAGCUGAAUUAAAAUUUCAUGUCAAAAUUAGUGCCAUUCAGUAAAACCAAUGGGAAAAUUUUUGAUGAACAACAUAUUUUCAUGUAUGAUUAUGACUAUUUGAAAUCUGUCAAGUUAUUCAGUCACAGAAAUUCUCCUUGUUUCGUAAUCUUGUCAUUGAAUUUUACACAGUCUACAUUUUUUUACAAUCACCUGUCUUUAGCUACUGCUCUGUGGACCACGGUAUUGUUCUGAUCACUCUGUUAAAUUGAGCCCAUUUUGAACAAGAUUUGAUUGUGUUUUUUUCUCCUGUAAGUAUGUGUUGUGUUUGUGUAAUUUACUGGGAAGGAUAUAUUAGUUAAUAUGUUUAAUUGGCCCUUUAAAGAAAUACGGGUUUGUUGAAAACAUGUCCUCUGUUGUUCAGAGGCAGAGACAAUGCAAAGCAGGGCCUCUCCUCACAAAUGCAACCACCGCAGUUCAGGAUGUGUUAGGGGUGACUUUGAAUUGAAACAUACGCGGGGGCCUCUGUUCCAUGUUGCUCUGUCAGGACUUUGAACAAUAGGGUCAUGCAUCCUAUGGCUGUGAGGUCAGGUAUAAAAGCAACAGCGGGACGUCGAGAAGCCUGUGCAGUCUUUUAGAGCCAAAGCAGUAGUAACUGUAGCCAUGACCAUGGGAAAGGUGUGUAAAUCUGGAGUUUCCAUUUCUGACAUUUUACAUCAAACUGGAGUCAAAGAUGUAGGAACAAAAAGGGCAAACUGUUGGGCGUCAUCGUAACAGAUUUGUUUUUUUUUUAUUUUUGCUGAUUUCAGAUAAUCUUCUAUGAGGACAGGAACUUCCAGGGUCGUUCCUAUGAGACCAGCAGCGACUGCCCUGAUAUGUCCUCCUUCCUGAGCAGGUGCCACUCCUGCAGGGUGGAGAGCGGCUGCUUCAUGGUGUACGACCGUCCCAACUUCACCGGAAACCAGGCCUUUGUCAGGAGGGGAGAGUACUCGGACUACCAGCGUAUGGGCAUGAGCGAUUGCAUCCGUUCCUGCCGCAUGAUCCCUAUGGUACUGUAACUAUAAAAUCUCCUGUAUUUCCUUUAAUCUUCACUAAUAUGAUUGUAAACGAUGCAGCGAAAAGACAAGAUUUAGUGACACACUGUUUGCUCAUUUAUCUAAAUUAACAGCACAGAGGCCAGUUCAGGAUGAGGAUCUAUGAGAGGGAGAACUUCAAUGGUCAGAUGAAUGAGCUGAUGGACGACUGUGAAAACAUGCAGGAUCGUUUCCGUAUGUCCGACUGUCAGUCCUGCAACGUGAUGGACGGCCACUGGCUGGCGUACGAGCAGCCCCAGUUCAGAGGCAAGAUGAUGUACCUGAGGCCCGGAGAGUACAGGAGCCUCAGGGACACUGGCUCCAACAUGAGGAUCCAGAGCUUGAAGCGUAUCAUGGAGUCUUGUUCUUAGAGCAG